CAGGACUCAAGAGCGAGGGCGAGCUCAUGUCAACACUACCCUGUUUGUGUGGGGAGAUGGCUUCUUCCGACCAGUUUAAAAGCCAUUGCAACGCGCCGUUCCCUUCUCUCCCCGGGGCAACCUCCUAGCGCCUUCCUUUUCUUCUCGUCUCCCUCGACUCUCUUUAGCUUCUCCGGAACGUAGUCGUCUUCAACAGACCACAGCUUUAGCAUGUCCCUAGACAAGAAACGUGUCUCCGUCAACACGGCGGGCACAGCCGACUCGGACGAGAAAAAAGGUGCUCACCGCGUCAGUGUGCAGACUGCAUCUGCGCCGGACGAGGUGGACCAGCAGUACGCGGAGGUAUUCAAGCGACAUGGUCGGAUUGACCUCGUCCCCAUGCCGGGCGACUCACCUGUAGACCCUCUCAACUGGCCUGCAUGGCAGAAGAACGUCCUACUCGCUAUCGUCGCUUUCCACGCGAUGAUAGGACCCCUUGGAGCAGCCAUCGUGAUCCCUGCGUUCGAAGAGAUCGUUGUAGACUUGGGCAUCACCCUUGAACAGGUGCCCUAUCUCGUCUCGAUCCAGAUCCUCUUCAUGGGUGUCGCACCCAUCCUCAUCUCGCCCUUAUCCUCGCGUAUCGGUCGUCGCCCAAUCUACCUCAUCUCCGCUUUUCUCUCCGCCGCGCUCGCGCUCGCAGGCGCGUUCACACAGAGCUGGGGAAGCUUGAUCACGACGCGUAUUUUGCAGGCUAUCGUGAUCAGCCCGCCGCUGAGCAUCGGCGCGCAGAGCGUGCACGACACGAGUUUCACGCAUGAGCGGGGGAAGAAGAUGGGCGUGUGGGUGCUCAUGGUCGCGUGUGGGCCUAUAGUCGGACCUCUGAUAUCGGGCUACCUGGUCCAGUUUCACUCGUGGCGCUCGUCUCUGCUUCUUCUGGCUGGUAUGAACCUCUUGAUCUUCUUCCUGCACCUCUUCUUUGCGCCCGAGACGCUCUUCUCUUCGCGCACUGCUCCUGGGGCACCAUACUCGGAAGACGAGGUUCGCUUGCGCUCUGGCUGGCGCGCGUACACGCAGUUCAGGAUCUACGACAGGAAGCCGUUCAAGGCGAGAGAGUUCUACGGUUGGAUUGGGAUGGUUCUCAGGCCGGGUGUUGUGCUCGCGAGUCUGGCGUACGCGUUGACGUUUACAUAUACGGACGUGUUGAUGACGAUAUUCGUUCCCCAACUCUUCGGCGCCGCAUUCAACCUUACCCCAGGCGAAAUAGGCCUCCAGUUCGUGGCGUUGCUCAUCGGCGCCGUUCUCGGCGAGCUCCUCGCCGGCCCAGGCAGCGACGCGUUUGUCAACUGGCGCACUCGAUCUCGGCUCCGCGCUCUCCGCUCACCCUCGCCUACGAAUGAAGGCUCAGUCGAGCGGGAUGAAACAACGGGGUCGACAGCGUGGCACCCUGAGGACAGGCUCGUCCUCGCUCCGCCCGGGUUUAUCCUCGCCAUCGUUGGACUGAUGAUCUGGGGUGUGCGAUUGCAGGAGGCGAGGGUUGGUGUGUGGAAUGUGACUCCUGACAUCGGCGCUGCUAUCGCACUGUUCGGCGCCCAGUUCGGGACGACGAUGUGCGUCACGUAUGCCGUCGAGAGCGUGAGCCUUUCUAGCGUCUCGGGCACACACACCAGCAAAGACGAUCAUGCGCUGGAAGAGGAGAAUACGGCGGACGCAAGUGUGUUUGUGAGCUUUGUCAGGCAGAUAUAUGCUUUUAUUUCGCCUUUCUACCUCUCUGGUGCCUACACUAAAAUGGGCGACACACGCGCCUCAGGCCUCUUUGCGGGCUUGAUGGGCGUCGCGAUGAUGAUGGCAAUUGCGUGCAUCGUCUGGGGGCCCAAGUGGAGGACCUGGAAGCAUUGAUGAAACAACCAUUAUAUGGUAGUGCCCCUUGCUGCAUUCCAUGUUUACGCCUAGAUGAGGAAUUCAUUGUAUGAUAAAUUACGACUUGCAGUGUAUGAUUGGCAUACGAGUACAUAAACGACUUUCU